UGUUACAUAGAAAUUAUUCGGUUUAAAACCUCAUGCAAGAGUACAAGCUUGUGGUUCUAGGAAGUGGAGGCGUUGGGAAAAGUGCAUUAACUGUGCAGUUCGUUCAAGGGAUAUUUGUGGAGAAAUAUGACCCAACGAUAGAGGACAGUUACAGAAAGCAAAUCCAAAUCGAUGACAGGCAGUGCAUGCUAGAAAUUCUUGAUACAGCUGGCACGGAACAAUUUACCGCGAUGCGUGAUUUGUACAUGAAGAAUGGUCAAGGUUUUGUCUUAUGCUAUUCAAUCACAUCACAGUCUAGUUUUAAUGAUUUAACAGACUUACAUCAGCAAAUUCAGCGUGUCAAAGAUGAUGUUAAUGUUCCUCUCAUACUUGUGGGAAACAAGUGUGACUUAGAGCAAGAAAGAGUAGUCGGUCGUGAACAAGGUCAACUGCUGAGCAGGCAGUUAAACUGUACAUUUAUGGAAACAAGUGCCAAAGCUAAAAUAAAUGUUAAUGAGAUUUUUAUUGAUCUUGUGAGACAAAUCAACAAUCAAAUGCCUCCAGUGAAACAGAAAACAUCGAAACGAAAAUGUCUAAUUCUCUAA